CCCUUCCCUUUGUCCUGGCACACCCGUCGCCUCCUUGAUUCCUCGGCCCCAAUCAGCACCUCCCCACCUUUCCCCACCUGAAUCAGCACCCCCGGCGGCGGUUUGCCUCGGCUGACCUUGUCGGCGGCGCGGCGCUCGUCAGCUCAGGUCAGGACCACCUUGCUGCUGAGUCGACUGACUAUCGGUUCGGGUCGGCCGUCCAGCGGCGUGCUCCUGUUAGCGAGGCCGACGACGCGGUUGAGCUGCAUUUUUUGCUAGGUCUUCUGCAACUAUUGAUGUCCUCCUUCUAUGAUAUAAAGCGAAAAAAUAAUCAUUUGUUAGAUACAUGGACAAAAUGGCAACGAGUUGUAGGUCUUGCUUAAUCCUGAUGCUUUAGUCGAGACGGCUUGAUGGAACCUAGAAAAGAUGAUGCCCCGUACGCAGGUCAGGGCACUGUACAUGGAUCCUCAAGUUCAACAUCUACCAGCUCCCCAGUUCCAGAGUACCCUGCUACAGGCACCGUUAAGCCUGUCCUUAAUUUUUCAAUCCAGACUGGGGAGGAGUUUGCUCUUGAAUUCAUGAGGGAUCGAACUAUAUCCAAGAAGCCUCCGGUUCCUGUUAUGCCUCGUGAUCAAACUGCUGCAGCUGGUGCCAAUCAAAAAAGUUCUAGAGGAAUCCUUGGUGCUCACCGUACAGGAGCUGAAAGUAGGUUUGAUGCAUCAAUUUAUUUGACUACAGAUAAUCAGCAAGCCGGGGACUUUGAAACAAGAUCUUUUGAUGAAAACGAAAAUAGAACCAGGCACGUAUCAACUAGAUUGGUUCCACGAGCUCCAUCUAGUGGUGGAAGUAGUCAUGGACUGACCCAUGGUUAUGCUUCUUCUGGGGCCUCAGACUCCUCAAGAAAGAUAAAAGUUCUCUGUAGCUUUGGGGGUAAAAUAUUACCCCGACCAAGUGAUGGGAAGCUUAGGUAUGCUGGUGGCGAGACACGUAUAAUUCGAAUCAAUAGAAAUACUUCCUGGCAGGAGCUCAAACAGAAGACGACAGCCAUCUAUAAUCAACCUCAUACUAUCAAGUAUCAGCUACCUGGUGAAGAUCUUGAUGCACUGAUCUCAGUUUCGAAUGAUGAAGAUUUGAGAAACAUGAUGGAGGAAUGUGCCUUCCUUGAUAGUGGCGAGGGGUCCCAGAAGCUUAGGAUCUUUCUCGUGUCCUCGGUUGAUUUUGAUGACAUGAAUUUCAGCCUGGGCAGUAUGGAUAGCGAUUCUGGGAUUCAGUAUGUUGUUGCCAUCAACGGAAUGGAUAUGGGAGCUGCAAAACCUUCAAGUGGGCAUGCUUUAGUAAACACAUCCAUCAGCGAGUUUGAUCAGUUCAUUAACUUCAAUGUUGACAUUAAUCAGGCAGAUUUAAGGAAUCACGGUUCCAGUUUGCAUAAUGUGAAUGCAUCAACUUCUACGCCUCAUGCUAUGAUGUCGAGACCAGUACCAGUGGGUCUAUCCGGUGAUAAUAGUGCAACUUUGUAUUCUUACCUUAGCCAUGGGAUCCAGAAUGUGCAUGGUUCUGAUUACUCUUAUCCAACUUCCAGUGAAAGAUUUAAUGAUAACGACGACCAGAUGUCUAUUCCUCUAUCGGGCCCUUCAGACUUUAGAUAUGCUUCCCAAUAUGCACCUUAUUCUGGAACUGCUUUACUGCGAUCUUUUGAGCAACAGUUUUAUGACGGUGGCAUGAAGAUAGGAUCAAUGAAGGAGGAAAAACAGGAUUCUGUUAAAAUGCCGCUUCAAAAGAAUGGACUGGAUUAUUUUGAGUCUCUUGAUAAUCUGAAUGCUCCUAUGCUGGAUCAUGACUCUUCUGUUCCGAAAUUUAUGCAUUCGGAAGUCCCUCCCAUUGCUUCUGUUCAAGAAGGCUUAGCAUCUUCUUUUCAUCCAAGUUACAGUGCAAAGAGCCUAGAUACUUAUACAGCAUCAAAAGCUAUGUCUCCUACUCAGGGUUCAGAGUGUAAUGAAGAUGAUCGCCAAUCUAGUGAAGCUUUUGCAUCUGGGUGUUCUGAAUUUCAAGUUGACAUGUCAGAUCACAGCAAUAAGAAUUCACCACCUCACCCUGGACGAGUUUUUCAUUCUGACUGGAUUCCAAGGGAGCAGGCAGGGGUUCUGAACCGGUUAUCUAAAUCUGAUGAUCCACUUAAUUCUCAGAUUCUGAUUCUUCAGUCACAAUCUCGUGUGGUAAAUGAACCCAUUGCAGAAGCCAUUGAUCCUGCAGUUGAGGGGAAUGAAAAAACAAAUUUAGCCACAUGGGCAAUAAAUUUUAACGAUCCAGCUACUGUUGAUAGUCUCACACAGUUUGAAAAAGAAUACAGCAAUACUGCACAACAUACUUCUUUUAAUAAACAACUGGUUGGCGAGAAGAUGUCCUCGAAAGAUAUGAGUAUGCAUACACCAGAAAAGAUUGUAGCCAGAGGUAAACCGACCGAGAUAACUGGUGAUGGCAUAGAAGCAGCUAAUCUGUGGGGAGAUCAUGCUGAUAUGGGACAUCAUUUUAGUCGGGAUACUCCCAAGCCUGCGUUGUCAACUGAUGUUGAAUGUGAUCUAGUUGUGCCAAGUUCCACCAGUACAGUUAAUGAUUCUCAUAAGGAACCAAUUGUCCCUAAAACAGAUAAAAGAGACAUUGCUGGUGGUACUGCUUUUAUCCCAUCACAAACCAACAAUGCACCAGCACCUGUGAGGAAGAAUGUUGAAGGGCUUCAGGUUGAUAACCCUUUUCCAAAUAUGCAUGAGAUGAUGCCAUCUGUUCCUGAGUUUGAGACAAAAUUUGAAGAGGGCAGAGCUGUUGGACCAGUAAUGGAUGCUUCUUUUGUCGAUAAUGAUUUUGAAUACUUGCAGGUAUAAAUGGCUUUCAGUUGCAGGGAAGUUUAUGCACUGUCUUUGACUCUUUAGUGAUGUCUUUUACAUAUUACUUGGUUGUAUUCUACAGUUACUAUAACACUGAGUUGAUCAUGACAAACCAGCAUAUUCUUUCCUUUGUGCUGACAAGCCUUACAUCAGUUAAGUCAGUGACAAGCGGAAAACAGAAACUGUUGAAAGAUAUGAAAUAAAUAGCUAAAACCAGGGAUAAUAAACCAGCCUUCUCACUUGUUUGAAAUUGUCUAAAUCCAACUGUAAAAAAAAAUAUUUAGAUCCACCAUGGGAAAGUAAUUACCUGAUUCCCAAUUUUUUUGUUCAAUGAUCUUUCAAAAAACAUUUAAAUCUAUGAUUUCAUGCUCAUAGCUGGUUACUAAUUCUUCUCUGGUCAAACCAGCUAUUUGCCUUUUCUGGUUAUUGCUGGUCUGGAACUCAUGUCAAACCUCAAGCAAAGCCUUAGAAUCUUAUAGUGCAUGAAACAUCAUUUUACUAUCUUACAAAUAGAGAUUUAACCUAGAAGAGUGUUGAUAUGGUCAUAACUCUAAGAAAACGUUAUGUGUGAUGCUUUGCUAUUCCCAGCAUCUGUGAGCAAAAAGGACACGAGCCAUGGUUUGAGAUGCCACGCCUGGUGACAUGGUGUCUGUGGUCCAGAUCCGGCGCUGCAUAGCGAGCCCAAGGAAGGAACAACCGGCAUUUGGGCGGCGCCCCUUUCCAUAGUGUUGUAGCAAA